AUGCCCGCCCUAGAGGUUGCAGAUGCUUGCUACGUUUCUCCAUCCAAGAGGUUCAAAAGCAACCCUGCCGAAGAUACGUCAGUUCUUCGCUUUGCAAAACUUUCCGAACAUGCGACCAGACCUACCAGAGGCUCUGCAAAAGCUGCUGGAUAUGACCUCUAUAGUGCAUAUGAUUAUUCUAUUGGUCCAAUGGACAAAGCCAUUGUGAAAACUGAUAUCCAGAUAGCAGUGCCACAUGGCUGUUACGGCAGAGUUGCACCGAGAUCUGGACUUGCAGCUAAGCACUUCAUCGAUGUUGGAGCUGGUGUUGUUGAUGAGGACUACAGAGGGAAUGUUGGCGUUGUUCUGUUUAACUUUGGCAAGGAGACAUUUGAAGUUAAAAAAGGCGAUCGAGUCGCUCAGCUGGUGUGUGAGAGAAUCGUCUACCCGGACCUAGUUGAGCAGGAGACACUUGAUGACACAGAGCGUGGGACAGGCGGGUUUGGGUCAACUGGACGCAACUGA